AGAGUCUGACUAACUUUCACACAUUACAGCUGCUUAUCAUUCUUUUGGGGGAUCUUCAGUUCUCUGGUAAUUUGUGGAAUACUUUUUAAGGAGGUCCGGACUAACUAAAGUCGUUUUUCUGCUGAAGAAAAUGGCACUCAGACAAGACUCAGAUAAAGAACCACGAAUUGAGCUCUUCAUAAAGGCCGGUCAUGAUGGAGAGAAUGUGGGGAACUGUCCCUUCUGUCAGAGACUCUUCAUGGUUCUUUGGCUGAAAGGAGUCAGGUUCACGGUAACCACUGUUGACAUGAGGAAGAAGCCAGAAGAGCUAAAAGACUUAGCUCCAGGCACCAACCCUCCUUUCCUCUUGUACAAUGGCACACUGAAGACCGACUUCAUUAAGAUCGAAGAGUUCCUGGAGACCACCCUCGCCCCUCCCCGCUAUCCUCAUCUCAGCCCCCGCUACAAAGAGUCUUUUGAUGUGGGUGCUGACAUUUUUGCCAAGUUCUCGGCUUUCAUCAAGAACAGCCCAAACAAUGCUUUCCACGAAAAAGCCUUAUUGAGGGAGUUUAAGCGCCUGGAUGACUAUCUGAAUACUCCGCUUCAGGAUGAGCUGGAUCGAAAUGUCAUCGUAUCCAGAAGAAAGUUCCUUGAUGGCAGCCACUUGACACUGGCAGACUGCAAUUUGUUACCAAAGAUGCACGUCAUCAAGGUUGCUGCCAAAAAGUACUGUAAUUUCGAGAUUCCUGCUCAGUUCAUUGGAGUGUGGCGUUACCUACAGAAUGCAUACGAGAGAGAAGAGUUCAGCCAGACCUGUCCAGCUGAUAUUGAAAUCGAGAAAGCCUAUCUGAGUGUGGUCAUGAGGAACUGAACUUCAGAUUAAUGAAGCAAUAUUGUGAUCAAAUGUUUAAAUAAUGUAAAUACAAGUUCUUAAGUGCAUAAGCAUCUACAUAGUUGUAGUUCACAGGUGUGGAAAUCUAUUACAGCUGAAGCCAAAAACACACCACACACAGUUUGCUAAUGUACUUUCAUUGUGCUUGUGAUCUCAAAGCCCUUCUGAGUGACUGCUACUGUCAAAGAGGCUUUAUUCUGGUAGUUUUAGAGGUUAGGAUC